UUGGAGGUUGGAGGGGGAGACGCCAUUGCGCUGGAGAAGAGGAGCAGAGGAACGAGGCCAAAGGGGUUUUGGACGAGCGAGCGGUCGGAGGAGGCCGGGGACAUGGCCGUGGGCCGGGUGCAGAGCGUGUGUCUGGGGCUCUGCGUGCUCCUUGUCCUCAGCGUGGACAUGGAUGGACGGGUGGACGGAUGCAGCUGCAAACCUGCACAUCCACAGCAGCUCUUCUGCGGCUCGGAGAUCGUGAUAAGGGCAAAGAUCUCCGGAGAGAAGAUUGUGUCGCCUAGCAACAGUUCUUCUCCUUACAUGAAAAUGAUCCAAUAUGAAAUCAAAAUGAUCAAGAUGUUUAAGGGCUUCGACAAGGCCAAGGACAUCCAGUACAUCUACACACCGGUCUUCUCCUCUCUGUGUGGAGUCAAGCUGGACUCCAACAACAAGGCAGGAUACCUGCUGUCAGGGAGUAUGUGGAGUGAUGGGAGGAUUUCUAUUGGCCAGUGUGACCUGGUGGAGCUCUGGGACAACCUGUCCAUGUCGCAGAAGAAGAAUCUUAAUUACAGAUACCAGAUGGGCUGCGAAUGCCGAAUCAACACCUGUUACACGGUGCCAUGUGCGUCUACAGGAGAUAAUGAGUGUCUCUGGACAGACUGGUUGCUGGAUAACAGCCUUAAUGGGGAACAGGCUCGGCAGUACGCCUGCAUCCGCCGCUCCGACAGAACCUGCAGCUGGUACCGAGGUGGCCCGCCUCCGGACAAAGACUUCCUGGACCUGACCGACCCGUGAUCUGCUCCACGACCCUCAGUCUCAUCUCCUCUGCUUUGACUUCUCCUAACGCCAAUAUUCCUCCACUGCCUCGGCUUUGAUAGCUCAGAUUUGGUCGUUGAUGCUGAUUGGUACAGUAGGGCGUGGUUUUGUUUGAUAGCAUGACGGCUGCUUACAGGUUAGCAACUCAUUUUCACAGAACACAGGGACUUCCGACAUCUACGUGUUUGCAUUAGCUGUGUUUCCAUACAGGCCAGUUCUUAGUGACCUUUUCCAGAAUGGGUUGCAUUACCAUCAGAGGGUUUAGACAGUUAAACAUUGUCCGGAUGUGCAGGACUACAUCCUCAAAAAUAUUAGAGAGAAAAACGGAAAACAGCUGUCAAACAUUCCCUUCAUGUCACUUUUAGUUGCAUAAUCUCUGUCACUUUUUCAACCUUUCCACCUCAAGCCAGUGUAAAAACCUUCAAGCUAUAUUUUUCUGGUGUUCUGCCUUUCUUUCCAGCUUUUCUUAUUUGCAAAAUCACAACUAGAAAUAUAAAGUUUGGUUUAAACACUAUUAUUGUGUAUUCGAUGGCUGUUUCGUAGUUUUGCUGGCAGCCGGAACAAGUCCUUCAAGCUGGUCCGAGCCCACUUAAACCCACUAACACAUAUCCUGUCACACGCAAGGCAGAACGGUUAGGAUGCCGGGCAGUUUGUUUUCCUGAAAACACUGCUGACGUUGACAUUAAUAUGAGAAGCAGAGUAAAAUACACCCACUCUCCACAGUACACAUUUAUACGCAUCCAUGUUCAGUUCUGACGUUUCCAGUUAAGUUUUCACACACGUGCUGCAGCAUCAGCACCUCUUCCUGCUCCACACACCCUGCUGCUGAACCUGUGUUGCAAUGAAACAUGACCCUGUGCACAUAAACACCUACUGUCCACUACUAGGAGCAUGCAGUACUACUACACAACGUGCUGUAAUAGAAUGAUUAUGGGCAAAAUUCAAUGGAAUGUAAAUGUCAACUGAAGUUCUUGAAGGUCAAAAUCGUCACCGUUUCCACUCUCAGAUCGCUCCUGUUUCGACUUUGUAAAUACUGUAUUUGAAUGAGAAUUAACAUUUUAGAGGCUAACCACAUCUCGUUUUAGAAUAGGGGCUGUUUUUUUUUUGUUGCGUUGAUUUGUGUGUCUAGUUUCCCUGAUUGUACUCUGUUUCACUUCCUGUGCCAAAAAACCUAAUCCAGCGCUUUCACCACAGCACCUCCGCCUGUAGGAAGCAUGCGUGUGUCCUCCUUACAGGACUGUCUGCGGCACAGGACAAGGGUCAAUCCACUGUUUAACUCCAUAUAUCAAGGCAGCACAUUUUCUUUGAAACGAAAAAGCAAAAUAGAAAAUAUAGAUUUUAAGGGGCGUCUGGGUGGCAUAGCGGUCUAGUCUGUUGCCUGCCAACACGGGGAUUGCCAGUUCGAGUCGCCGUGUUACCUUCGGCUUGGUCGGGCGUCCCUACAGACACGAUCGGCCGUGUCUGCGGGUGGGAAGCCGAAUGUGGGUAUGUGUCCUGGUUGCUGCACUAGCGCCUCCUCUGGUCAGUCGGGGGCACUGUUCGGGGGGCUGGGGAAGCUGGCGGGAAUAGCGUGAUCUUCCCACGCGCUAUGUCCCCCUGGUGAAACUCCUCACUGCCAGGGGAAAAGAAGCGGCUGGCGGCUCCACAUGUAUUGGAGGAGGCAUGUGGUAGUCUGCAGUCCUCCCUGGAUUGGCAGAGGGGGUGGAGCAACAACUGGGAUGGUUCGGAAGAGUGGGGUAAAUGGCCAAGUACAAUUGGGGGGGGGGG